AUGCCCGUGCGGCGCGGGCACGUCGCCCCCCAGAACACCUUCCUCGACACCAUCAUCCGCAAGUUCGAGGGGCAGAGCCGCAAGUUCAUCAUCGCCAACGCGCGCGUGGAGAACUGCGCCGUGAUCUACUGCAACGAUGGCUUCUGCGAGCUGUGCGGCUACACGCGCGCCGAGGUCAUGCAGAAGCCCUGCACCUGCGACUUCCUGCACGGGCCGCGCACGCAGCGCAGCGCCGCCGCCCAGAUCGCCCAGGCGCUGCUGGGCUCCGAGGAGCGCAAGGUGGAGAUCUGCUUCUACCGCAAGGACGGUAGGCACGCUGCCGCGUGGGGCGCGGGGCUGCGGCGUCCCGGAGGGUGCACGCAGGGCUGCAGUGCGGGGAUGCAGGGUGGGUUGCAGGGCGGGUUGCAAUAG